UUUUACUUAACCACUUUUUAAGAUACGUUGCAACGCGUUCUGGCCUUUGAAGGCAAACAAAGUAGCAUCUCCAAACUUACUGGAGAAGAUUGUUCAGUCCAUGAUAGCUGGUGAGGAUGGAGCAACAUUCACCAUUGCUGCAUCGACUUGAAAAUGGCAACCUGCAAGAUGAUAAUGAUAUUCCAACCAUAACCAACUGCAAAGAAGCUUCUAAGGAAUGGUGGAAAGAGUCUAAGAAGCUAUGGAUACUUGCAGGUCCUGCAAUCUUCAUAUCUUUAUGUCAGCAGUCAUUUUUGGCCACAAUUUUGACCUUUGCUGGACAACUGGGUACUCUACAGUUGGCUGCUGUGUCUAUAGCAAAUACUGUGGUUGCAGGGUUCUCAUUUGGAGUCAUGCUGGGGAUGGGAAACGCUGUAGAAACAGUUUGUGGUCAAGCAUUUGGAACAGGGAAACUAGACAUGCUUGGACUCUGUUUGCAACGGUCACUGGUCAUAUUAAACACAACAGCAUUGCUUCUCACUGUGACGUACGCAUUUGCAACACCCAUUCUCAAGGCCGUAGGUCAAACAGAUGAAAUAGCAGAGGCAGCAGGCAAAUUCGCCGUGUGGACAAUUCCUCAAUUAUUUGCUUUUGCAAUGAAUUACCCGCUCGCUAGGUUUUUACAAUCACAAGGAAAGCUAUUUGUCAUGUCUGCCAUCUCUGGAGCUGCUUUAAUUGUCCAUGUUAUCUUCAGUUGGUUGUUGAUGCUCAAGCUGGGAUGGGGACUAGUUGGGGCUGCAAUAAUGCUAAAUUUCUCAUGGUGGAUAGUAGUGUUGGGUCAAAUAGCCUACAUAUUUAGCGGCACCUGUGGUGGAGCUUGGACUGGAUUUUCAUGGAGUGCAUUUCACAAUUUAGGAGGGCUCUUGCGUCUUUCAUUGUCUUCAGCUGUUAUGAUGAGCGCGGAUUUUAUGUACAUGAUGGCACUACUGCUCAUGGCCGGUCAUCUAAAGAAUGCAGAAGUUGCAACAGACUCUGUAGCUAUAUGCAUAAAUUUGGUGUUUUGGAUCUAUAUGAUAUAUUUGGGAUUCAACAUAGCUAUCGGUGUAAGGGUUUCAAAUGAGCUGGGAGCUGGACACCCAAGAGCUGCAAAACUUGCAGCAAUUGUUGCUUCUUGCACCUCUUUUGUGAUAGGGCUUAUGUUCAUGAUGGUCAUUUUGAUUACAAGAAAUGUGUUUCCUAUGGCUUUCACAACCAGCAGUGUGGUUGCCAAAGCAGUGUCCAAGCUUGCAAUUUUUCUGGCAGUUGCAGUGAUAUUGAAUAAUGUGCAGCUACUGCUUUCUGGUGUGGCAAUAGGAGCAGGAUGGCAAACAUUUGUGGCCUGUGUAAACAUUGUAUGCUACUAUGUCUUGGGUGUGCCCCUGGCAAUUCUACUAGGCUAUAAAUUUGAUCUCGGCACUAAGGGAAUGUGGGGUGGGAUGCUUUGUGGAAGUGCAUUGCAGACUGCGGUUUUAUGUAUCAUUACAAUUCGAGCAAAUUGGAGCAGAGAGGCUAUGCGGGCUGAAAGUAGAAUUAAGACUUGGGGAGGUGGAUUUACACAUCAAUCUUCCACUUGAAGAUUCUGAAUCUCGAGAGAUAGACACAUAUUUUAUUAGUGAAUAGGAAGUAUUUUUUUUUAUGGUGUGUCAGAAUUAAAUUCUGUAGUUUUAAGAGUUAAACUCAUUCAUCUAUAUUUAUGAACAAUGAUUCACAUAUUUCAUUAUUUUCUUGCUCAGACAUUCCACUCAAUUCAGGUGUACACAAAUUUCAGAAGAAUUUUACAUAUUCUUCAAUGAGAAAUGCAAGUAGAAACAAAUUUUAUCAA